AUGCAGAACUGGAACUCAGCUUUGGGUGAUUAUGUUGGGGUGGAAAGUUGUGUUGAGUUUGUGAUGGAUUUUAAUGAUCUUAUGCCUGCGACGAAUAAUACAGGCGGAGGAAGACAGCGUAGGGUGAUGAAGAUGGAAAAAAAGGAGUACCCUCCACCGAUUUUGCCAUGGGCGAUGAAAAAAUAUUGCACUGAUGAUGGAAGAUUAGUAAUCAAGGAACAGAAACUGAAGGGCCAAGAAUAUUUUGAAGCUCAUAGGGCAAAUGGGCGUCUUGUGUUGAACUUGAUCAUUGUAGACGACGACGCUUUCGAGCAUGCAGGAGAUGAAGAUGACAUGGAUGGAAUUGAGGAAUUUGAUUGUAAAGAGAAUGUGAAUCAACAAGAUGGUGAUGCGAUGGAGGGUCAAGAUGUGUUGAAGGAAACUGUAGGAGAUGAUCGGGUGGUGGAGAAUGAAUUAAUCGUGUGCGGUAGUGGGACCAAGUGUAGUGAGUACAGUAACAUGGAAGCGAACUCAUGUGGGUUUGGAGUUGCAGUAGGAGCUUUCAACCCAGUUCAUACAUAG